UUGCCGAAAAUGGGUCAAAAUACGGGCUGUGGGAAUGACGAUUGCAUGACGUAAUCAGUAGACGCCUGCCUGUUAUUAAGCCACUGCGUCAUUUUACCGCCUGCUCGAAAUCACAAGUGCUGGUAAUCAGGUGUGAGAAAAAAUGGCCAGUCAGUCAAUGGAGGUUGUUGCGAAGGCUCUGGAGCAGCAGAUGCUGCAGUCAGCACGGAUAGUGGAAGAGCAGCUGGAUACUGAACUGAACAAGUUGGAUCGUAUGGAUGAAGAUGAACUGGAGCAGCUAAAGGAGAGAAGGCUUGAGGCUCUCAAGAAAGCCCAAAAACAAAAGCAGGAGUGGAUAUCUAAAGGGCAUGGUGAAUACAGAGAAAUUCCAAGUGAGAAAGAUUUCUUUGCGGAGGUAAAAGAAAGCAAAAACGUGGUCUGCCAUUUCUACAGAGACUCUUCUUUCAGAUGCAAAAUUCUUGACAAGCACUUGGCUAUUCUGGCUAAAAAACAUGUGGAAACAAAGUUCAUCAAGCUAAAUGUUGAGAAGGCUCCUUUCCUAACCGAGAGGCUGAAGAUUAAAGUCAUUCCAACAAUGGCUCUGGUGAAAGAUGGGAAGACUAAGGAUUAUAUUGUGGGUUUUACUGAUCUGGGAAACACAGAUGAGUUCCCUACUGAAAUGCUUGAGUGGAGGCUGGGCUGCUCAGAAAUCAUUAACUACAGUGGGAGUCUUUUGGAUCCACCAGCAUUUGGGAAGAAGUCUGGGUCAAAGUUCACUAAGGUGGAGAAAAAAACCAUCAGAGGCAAGGGCUAUGACUCGGACUCUGAUUCAGAUUAAAGAACCCAGACGUUAAGCUCCGUGUUUCUCAGGGCUUCCUAAAUAACAGUCCCAAGUCUUGUAAAACCAUGUUGUGCUCACUGUCUAUUUAAUUUCUUGUGCGACUUAAUUUUCUGUAUGUUAGGAUGACUGAAAACAACCACAUUCAAUUAUAUUAAUUUAUACUUUUUCAUAUCCCUUUUGUCAAAGUUUGAUAUGCAGAAGGGAAAUCUUUUUCUAAAGAGCAGAAUUCUGCUAUUUAUAGCUUUGAUUCAUUAAGAGUGAAUUUCUUCGAGAAAUGCCUGGAAUCUCAUGUUUUACACAAUGGUGCAAACAGACUAUUUUUUGCCUCUGAUGGACUGAUGCACAGUUUUGUGGGCAUCAGACAAGUGCCAAGGAAGCAAGCUUCUGCAUUCCAAUUAGAAUUGCCAUCUUUAUCUCCCAUUGAUGUGAAAGGACAUGCAGGCUUUUUCCUUUUGUAGCAGUACAUGACUUAUUAAAUAUUAAAAAAUAUUUUA